AUGGAAAAGAAAUCCCAGGAGAGUAAAAAGGGUCUCACCCACAGAGAAGUCCCACCGGUGGUGGUGCUGCUGCUCGCCAUGGCUCUCAUGAAUACACUCCUGUACCUCUGCCUGGAUCAAUUCUUUAUUUCCCCUCAACAUUCCACUGUGGACCCCAGCCACUGCCCCUUUGGUUACUUCAGAAUGGGACAGAUGAAAAAUUGUUCACCAUGGCUGUCCUGUGAAGAGCUGAGAACAGAAGUGAGGCAGUUAAAACGUGUUGGGGAAGGAGCUGUGAAGAGAGUCUUCCUGUCUGAGUGGAAGGAACGCAAAGUUGCUCUCUCACGGCUCACCAGUCUGGAGAUGAAAGAUGAUUUCCUCCAUGGCCUGCAGAUGCUGAAGUCUCUGCAGAGUAAAUAUGUCGUCACGCUACUUGGUUACUGUGAGGAUGACAACACUGUUCUAACUGAGUACCACCCCUUAGGUUCCUUGAGCAACCUGGAAGAAACCCUGAACCUUUCCAAAUAUCAGCAUGUGAACACCUGGCAGGCGCGGCUGCAGCUGGCCAUGGACUAUGUAGGAAUCAUUAACUACCUGCACAACAGUCCCCUGGGCACACUGGUUAUGUGUGAUUCCAAUGACCUGCGCAAAACACUCUCUCAGUAUUUGCUGACAAGUAACUUCAGCAUCGUGGCCAAUGACUUGGAUGCCUUGCCUCUGGUAAACCACAGCUCCAGGAUGUUUGUAAAGUGCGGCCACAGGGAGCUUCAUGGGGAUUUUGUGGCUCCAGAGCAGUUGUGGCCCUAUGGAGAGGACCUGCCUUUUCAUGAUGACCUAAUGCCUUCAUAUGAUGAAAAGAUUGACAUCUGGAAGAUUCCUGAUGUCUCCAGUUUCCUUUUGGGGCAUGUAGAAGGGAGUGAUAUGGUACGAUUCCAUUUGUUUGAUAUUCAUAAGGCAUGUAAGAGCAAGACUCCUGCAGAAAGGCCCACUGCUCAGGAUAUUCUGGACACUUAUCAGAAGGUUUUGAAUUCACUCCGAGAUACUGUCAUGCCUCAGACAAGAGAAAUGCUAUAA